AUGCCACAGUCGAAUGACGUCCAAGCGAAUCUCAUUUGCAAUGGGAUUCCUUUAACUGAGUAUACCAAUCCAGCAAACUGGCCCUUCACCGUCUUUUGUGAAUCAACACCAGACCAAACCUUUCAGGUUAAGCUCUCAGGACCAAAGUCACAUUAUGAUUGUAUAGUGAGACUUUAUUGUGAUGGAGUCUUGAUUUCUAGCUUUGUAUACCCUCGCCAUGUUUGUUCGUUUGAAUCAACCUUUCACGGGAUCUAUUUACCAGGGGAUGAUACUAAAUUGAUGCCGUUCAAGUUUUCAAAGAUUGAACUUUCUGAGGAAGAUGACAGUCAUCCAGAGCAAAUUGCUAAAAACCUGGGCACGGUGUCUGUAGAAUUUUUCCGUUGUACCUUGGGUCCACAGAGACCAAGCAAUAAUGGUUUCGUUCCAUCUCUCGCAUCAACAAGCAAGCUCUCUGAACGGAACAAGCAAGCUAGUAUGAUUCCACAUAUCAUUGGCCUCGGACAAUCGACUAGUGCACCGAUAAACCGAUCCUCAAUAGCUUAUAGCACUCGCGAGGUCCAUUCCACGCCUUAUCUGCGAUUCGUGUGGAAGUAUAGGUCUCGCAGUAUGCUGAUCAGUGCCGGCUUCAUUCCUCCAACCGUCAGUCCACUACCACUGCCAGAUAUCCAACUGCAAUCUCCGCCUCGGCUCACGUCCCAAUCUGGACCUUCAUCCGAUUUGACUCGCCAGGAAACUAAGCCUGAAGUCAAACCAAAGACAAGCGCUAGCAAAUCAUUGGUCAUUGAUCUGUGUGAUGACAAACAACCUACCAAAUCCUUUUCGAGUUACGAAAACCCAAUUCUACUCGAUGAUGACGAUGAUGAUGAGCAAAUAUUGUAUUCCCCCAAUAAACUCACCCAAACAAGUAGCAGUUCAGCUCAGCAAGUUGAUAGCAAACCUGUGAAGUUGGAGUCGGUAAGCCACUGUAUCACAGACGUUGACACGCAACUCGAUCAAACGAAACGAGUUAUGGCUAAGACAGAAGUUGACGAAAUUGACCAGAAGCGAGUGAAGCAAAUCGUAGAAUGGGCCUUACAACAAUUUGACGCAUCGCCAAUACAAGAAAAAGAAGCCCAUUACCUUGACUCGAAGCUUGCCUGA